ACGGGAUUUUGCUCUUUCUGAGAAUUUUAGAGCCCUUAGCCGGUGAGAACUAUGUCUAUUCCCUACGCAUUAUCGAUGGAGCAAUCCUAUAGCUGGCUAUGGCAGUUUAAGGCAGUUAAUUUGAAAGAUAUGUGGGAAAUAUGCGACAAUCUUUCAGAAGAUAUGAGGAAAUUUCUUUACGUAAUCAGUACUGAAAUUGGUUUCACUUUGACAAGCAAGAUAAUGUUUAAUCAAGAGUUUCUGCUGUGGAGAUGCAGCCGUUUCCCGUACAGAGAAGACGUCAUGAAUCAAUGGUUUGAUCAUAGCAUUCGGUCUGGAAGUGAGCAAGAACAGCAGAAGAAAGUCAGAAUUAUGAACGUCAAUCAGGAAGGAAGAGAUUCUUUCAUGAGGCGCAUCGAGGACAAAACAGCGGAGCUAUCACCGUUAAAUGAACAUUAUGAAGUAUUUUAUCAUGGAACAAAUCACGAGAGUGCUAAAAACAUAAUGGAAGACGGCAUUAGGCUGCAAUGCGGUAGGGAAAAACUAGACUUUAGCGAUGGUGAUGGAUUUUACGUAGGUGUCGAUUUCAUCGAGGUCAAUGCUUGGGCGUUAGAGCAGUAUGGCGCAGGAGACAAUGCAGCUGUACUUGUGUACUAUGUAGAUACAAAUCAAAUGCGAGAACAAAUUAAUGGUCUGGAUCUGCGAAGCAACAAAACUGAAUGGCAAAGAGUUGUCAGAGAGUAUCGAGGAUCGCAAUUUGCAGCGCCACACAAACCGUCUACCUCGAGAGGCCGUGUGAAGAAUGGCAGUAGCGAUGCUACAUAUCGCAAGGAAUUAAAACAGUAUGAUUUCAUUGAAGGACCUAUGACUGUCCGUCGAAAGGGGAAUUAUUAUGAUUAUGCCAUAGACAAUGAGUCAUACCAACUUUGCGUGCGAACUAGAAGAGGUGCCACGCUAUUUAAUCAAAACCUGCACUCUGUAGUGUUCUUUUAACGACAAUUUCCAGAGGUGUUCGAUUCCGGAUUAAAGUAUCAAGUUGUCAAUA